AUGACUAUUAUCAUCCGGUCCGGGGUCGUAAAAGGUGGCGCCCUACCCGCUCAACAGCCAGCGUUAGCUCGUCCCACCGAACGACUGGGCAGCAACCGGAUUGUUCCUAAUCGCCGUUCUGAGCAGGUGGCCCGAUAUGCGGCCCAACGACACUCCAAGACCAAGCGAAAGAGAGCAGAGGCGGACGCAGAAGCGGGAGGGAAGACUGCAACGGACAAUGAGGCUGAGAGAAAUGCUCCAGCGGCUCAGAGAAGGAGACUAACCGUAGCACCCAAAACUGUCACUGUCCCCACUGCUCGUCUUGCGCCUGCCCCUCGUCCUGGCCCUAGUGGUGGUCCUGCCUUCGCCCCUGCUCCCACCGGGAAAGAACCCCAGGAACGGAUCCAGGAUGAUUUUUCUUUUGUUGAGCUUUUAGGUCCUGAAGUCUAUAAAGAAGAGGGAUUAUCCCAGGCAGAAGAUGGCGAUGAUUCUGAAUUACUGCUUUUAAAUCCUGAAAACUUCAACGAAGCGGGACUUGCGGGUGAUGAUAGCGCCGCCCUGCAAGCAUUUUUUGAGCAGAACGAAUGGACCGGAGAACGGAUGGAGGACUGA